CCACUCAGUUGUUUUUAAUACAUGUGAGAUAUAAGUACAAGACCUCAAAGGCGGCUUCCCUAGCAGCUAUGGAAUUUUUUAAAAUUUUUCUGACUAUAGUUUGUACAUUAAAUUUUUACCAAGCUUUAGGCGCCCGAGGGGUGUGUGAAAGAUCAUUUGUUUUGGAACAUGGAUCCAUAUUAAUGCGACCAAGGAAUGUUAUACGAUUCAGGUGUAAUCGGGGCUAUACACUGAAAGGACUUUCAGUUGGCAUUUGUGAUCGAAUAGGUCGUUUACAGGGAGAACGACCAUUUUGUGCUAAGGAAGGAUGUUCGCAAUUGGAAAAACCGGAAAACGGGGAACUCCUCUCUUCUGACGGCCAGAGAGCCAUGAUCGUGUGCAAAGAUGGAUAUGUCGUGGUAGGGAAUCGUGUGGCCUUUUGCGACGGAGAGUCAUGGAACACCCAGUUGGGCAAAUGUCUGACAAGUAACCACACCAAGGAUCAUUCAUGCGACUUUGAGAGCGAGGAUCAGUGCGGUUGGGAGGCGGAGGUGGGUUUCCGGCAACCAUGGAAACGUAUUAGCACUGUGAACGAUUUCCACUCCCUACGAACUGGUCCCCAUCAUGAUCACACCUUCCGUAACACCUCCGGCGGACACUACAUGCGCAUGGAGACACAGACUGGCGCAUACGGUAGCUACCACUUCAUAUCGCCGGUCUAUUCCAGGUCUCUUAGUCUGAAGACUGCCUGCUGUUUCCGGUUCCACUACUUCAUGUAUGGAGCGGGAGUGGGCAGUCUGGUGGUCUCCGUCAAGCCAGUGACCAUAUCCACAAAAGACAUGUGGAACAAAUUCAAGGCCAAAUAUUCCAAGUUUGAGAUUUCUGGCUCACAGGGAAGGGAGUGGAUAGAGCACACAAUCACCAUUGAUGAAAUGGAAUCCGACUUUGAGGUUAUUUUCACCGCCACGGACGCCAUAACUCGUUUCGGAGACAUUGCCAUCGAUGAUGUAAAGUUGAUGACGGGUCAGGAUUGCGGGAUGGGUGACAUCACCACCACAACGGAGCCACCGGCUCCAGUGCCGGAAAUUAGUGAACAACCGGUGGUGUAUGACAUGAUGAACUGCACCAAGCGGUGUGGCCAGAUUAUGCUUCCGGGUAUGGAUCACGUUGGACCGGAUGGCAACUACAUUAAAGGAUGUGGCUGCAGCGAAGAAUGUUUGGCAUACGAAAAUUGUUGUCCCGAUUAUUUUGAGCAGUGUGUUUUAACCGAUACGACUCCGGAAGCAGCAGAACCAACUACUCCAACAACCACAACAACGACAUCCACAACACCAAAUCCUACAACUACAACUAGGAGAACAACAACAACCACUAAAAGGACUACAACUACAACUAGGAAAACAACAACAAGCACAAAAAGGACUACUACACCAACUACUACGACGACAACAACAACAACCACUAAAAGGACUACAACACCAACUACAACAACGACAACAACAUCCACUCAAAAACCCACCACAACAACAACAACCACACAGAAAACUACCACAACAACCACAAAAAAACCAACUACAACUUCUACAACACCACCAACAAGAGCGAAAAACACACCAACAACUACAAGUACAACAACGACAACAGACAAAACAACAAUAAUUAAAAUAAACACCACAACAACCGCACCCGUUAAAAUUACAGUUACUAUACCAAACAAUCGAAUAACCUGGAAAGUAGAUCCCGACGACAUUGCUGGGCAUAUGGAUGUGAAGGAGAAUAUACCCAAUCCCGCAUUAGUCAUGCUGUUCCUACUGAUCGGCGUUGUGCUGGUGGUGGUUCUGAUAAAUCUCAUAAAGCGAUGGUCGAACCCAAUCAGUGGAUAUCACAACGAGAAGGCAGUUAGCUUCAAGAAGGCAUUCGAUAGGAUAAGAAAACCAACAACAUUGCUCGGACAACGUCAAAGGAAUUCUCUGCAAGAACCACUAUGCAGCUCCGAUAAUGAGAACUCUGAGGAUGAUACAAGAUUAGACGAAAUGGGUGUGGAUAUUCGUAAUGUUUCCGAACUAUAAUUUCAUUUCGAUAGCAUCGAACCAAUAUAUUUGAUUACAUUUUUUAAUCACUAAAGAGAUCUAGAAUUAAGAUUUGUUAUACAACAUAAAAUAAAGCUAAAAAUACUCUUAAUUUAUAAAUAAUA